AUGGCUCUUCCUGUGGCUGUUGUUACUGGCGCGAACUCUGGCCUGGGGAUGGCGCUGAGUGUGAAGUUGGCGCGGAACCACUUGGUCUUUGCAGGCAUGCGCAGCUUGGCAAAGAAGGACUCCUUGCUCGAGGCCGCGACGAAGGCCGAGGUUUCGGGCAACAUCCGCGCAAUCGAAGUGGAUGUGAACACGGACGCUUCCGUGGAGAACGGGCUUGUCCCUGCAUUGAAGGAAGCUGGUCGUGUCGACGUGCUUGUGAACAAUGCUGGUUACAGCCAGGCAGGCAGUGUCGAGAUGCUGGCCAUGGAGGCAAUGAAGGCUCAAAUGGAGACAAACCUCUUUGGCGUUAUCAGAUGCCAGAAGGCAGUGCUUCCUUUCAUGCGCCAGCAGAAGUCGGGCAAGAUCAUCAACAUCUCGUCAGUGGGGGGUAUCUGGGGUCAGCCCUUUAAUGAUAUCUACUGCGCGUCGAAGUUUGCUCUCGAAGGCCUGACAGAAAGCCAGGCAGCACUGUUUCGUACUUUCGGUGUACAUGUCUCCUGUGUGGAGCCCGGGGCGAUCAAGUCUGCUUUCUGGGCCAAUGCACAAAUGCCAGAUACCAGUGCCAUGCCAGCGGAGUACCAGAAGCCACUGCAGUCAACCAUGGGGGCAUACGGCAAGUCCUCGAGCGUUGGACAGACACCUGAUGAGGUCGCAGAUGUGAUCAUCCAGCAGAUUAUCAACGCGGCGAGCCCUCCCGUGCGUGUGCAGACAAACCCCAGCAUCCAGAAAGUUUUCGAUCAGCAGCUGGGGCAAAACAUCUCCGGAGAAGUCGCAGCCCAAAUGUCGACUACUCGCUUCCUCAGCGACCUCUAA